GCGACUUAGCCGGUUUUUAACGGCAUCUCCCACUUCGCCGAUUCCUCGGCCCAGCUAGUCGGGGACUAACAAAUUGACUCGGCGAUAACUACAUCAACUCUUAUCCAUUUAAAUAACAUCUCCAACGAUAAGCUAAAUUUGAGAUUCUACUUUCUUUUCGUCGAAGCCCUCAAGAUUACCUCAAAAUUAGCAGUCGUAAAUACGAUCUGUCUCGUCAAAACCCCGCCGUUUCCCUAGCAAAACAAAAAUCUCUCAAUAUGUGCAUGAAGGCUAAGUGCAGCUCUUGUGGCCAAACAUCAUGGCUAGGCUGCGGAAGCCACAUUCCCUCUGUGCUCGACCAUGUCCCUACCGAGGACUGGUGCACUUGCAAGCCAAAGGUCGAGGUGAACGGCAAGGAAUACCCACCGAUGGCUAAAUGAUCAAAUUGAUAUAUUGCAUGAACUAGGGAGUUGGGAGUAUUGUGCGGAACGGGCGGUUGGUUGCGGGUCGGCGGUGGAUGAGGGAUAUGCCACUAGUGAUGAAUGAUACUGAUUUGUU